UUCUAUUGGUUACAAUUUUGUUUUUAAAUAUUUGGCAAAUAAACCAAUAGAACUGCUGUAAUUAGUGACAAAAUAAGGAUAAUCUGUUGUUGACUGAGUUUUGUGCAUUAGAAUGCACAUCUGAGAGCAGAAGAGAGGGACUGAUACGACACAAAGACUGUUCCACAUACAGUCAUGCUGCUGUUUCAAUCCAUCCUUCUGGCUCUUAUUCUGUGUCCUCUAUUGGAGGCCCAAUACCUGGACUCAGCUCCCCUAAUGAUUCAGUAUCAGGUCUGGGAAGAGCAGCCUGCAGGAACUAAGGUUGGUUGUCUGCUUGACGACCUGCGUCAGAGAGGGGAGAUGGGGUCACUGGAGGACUUCCAGGUCGUUGCUCAUGGACAGUCUUUGCCAGUGGUUGUGACGGCAAGACACGGGGUGGUGUCAACACUGAGCCAGCUGGACAGGGAGGAGCUGUGCCGUGGUGCGGAGCGCUGCGAGUUGGCCUUUAGUGUCCUCUACCGGAAGGGUGGUGCUGUUCACUUCCUACGUGUCCGAAUAGAGGUGUUAGACCUGAAUGACCACAGCCCAGUUUUCCCAAGCCCCCAGCAGGAAGUGGAGAUCUCUGAAACAGCAGCACUCAGGAUGCGCAUCCCCCUGGAUCGAGCUAUAGAUCCAGAUGCUGGGCCUAAUGGAUUGCAAACCUACUCCCUAUCUGUCAACCAGCACUUUGCUCUAGACGUCCGCACCUCUGGGGGUACCAAGCAGGCAGAAUUAGUGGUGAUCAAAGAAUUAGACAGAGAGACACAGUCUUUCUUUGAGUUGACCCUGGUGGCAUGGGAUAAGGGAAACCAACCCAGAUCUGGCAGCACAAAAGUGAAGAUCACAGUCCUGGACUCCAAUGACAACAGUCCUAUGUUUGAGGACAGUGCUCCAGUAGUAGACAUUGCUGAAGACACAGUCCGUGGGACUGUUGUCUUCAACCUUGUUGCUACAGAUCCUGACCAGGGUGCAAAUGGGGAGAUUGAGUACUCACUCAGUAAGCAUGCACCUUUAGAUGUGCAGAAACUUUUUAGUGUUCAUCCACAAACUGGUGCUGUAACUGUAAAAGGGCCUUUGGAUUAUGAAGAGAAGCAUUCCUAUGAGAUAGACAUCCAGGCUCGGGACUUAGGGCCUAAUGCCAUUCCCUCUCAUUGUAAAUUGCAGGUCAACCUGCGUGAUGUCAAUGACAAUGCACCUCGAAUUCACAUAACCUGGAAACCACCAGAUUCUCCAGUAGCGACUGUUUCUGAGGGAGCACCAAAUGAGACAUUUCUGGCACUGGUCAUGGUUUCGGAUGCAGAUUCUAGAGCAAACGGGGAAGUGCAAACCCAAAUAAAGCAUGGAUCAGGGCACUUCCGACUCAAACGAAUCCAUGGAGACAACUACAUGAUUGUCACCAAUGGUACUUUGGAUCGGGAGAAGCAAAUGGAAUACAAUCUCACUCUUCUGUCUCGUGACAAUGGUGACCCCUCCCUCUCUUGUAUCAAGCAUCUGACUGUACAUGUUUUGGAUGAGAAUGACAAUGCACCUGUGUUCUCCAAGACCAUCUACAAAAGCACCUUCACAGAAAACAAUAUACGUGGUUUUCAUGCUCUGACUGUGGAGGCCCAUGAUGUUGACCUAGAGCUCAGCGGAAGGAUAUCUUACGCUAUUCGUGAGUCAAACGAACUAGGGACACCCACUACGAUGUUCAGCAUUCAUCCAACUAGUGGGGCUGUCUUUGUCCAGCAGUCCUUAGACUACGAGGUAUCCCAGAUAUAUUCCUUCAUUGUAGAGGCCAUAGAUCAUGGGCAUCCACCACUUACCAGCAGUGCCACAGUGUUGAUCGAGAUCCAGGAUAUCAAUGAUAACUCCCCUGUCAUUGAUCAGCCAUUGCCCAAGAAUGGUGUAGCUGUGUUGAGUAUCCCAGUGAAUGCAGAGAAAGGUGAGAUUGUAACCGAGCUUGGAGACAAAGCUGAAGGGAGCUCCCUUCACAAACCAACCAAUGAAACUUCACAGAGCAGACCUGGGGGUUUCUUGGCCACAACCAUUCGGGCAAGUGAUCUGGAUUCAGGCUUAAAUGGAAUGCUCCAAUUCAGCAUAGUAGAUGGGAAUCCUUCUGGACUGUUCUGGCUGGACAAAACCACAGGGCAACUUUAUGUCAAUACCACCAAUGCCACAGAGCUGAUUGGAAAGGCUUUCAAGGUUGACAUUGCUGUCUCAGAUAUGGGUACACCAUCUUUAAUCACUAUGGCCAAGCUAGAGGUGACAUUCAUCAACCUCCUGGACCACCUUAAAAAUUUGUCCCCAGACAACCAGGGUCCACUUAGUUUCACAAUGAUGUUGGCCAUUUGCCUGGGAGCCACCUGUAUGCUGCUUCUUCUGGCAGUGGUUUUAAUCACCACAUUCUGUCGACCAGAGAAACGGGAUAACCAUGCCUACAACUGCAGAGAGGCUGAGUCCACUUAUACACGCCACCCAAGGCGACCACAGAAGCAUAUCCGCAAGACAGACAUCCAACUGGUUCCUGUUCUAAGGGGUCGCAGGGAGGACCUUCCUGAAGAUGAAUCUCAGCCACUCUCUUCAGGGACACCUGUACCUGUGGACUCACACACAGAUGACCGCUUCAGCCUGUCACCAACUCUUGCUCGAAUGGCUCGCAACCAAAUCUACCAAGAGGAUAACGGGACCUUGUCUGUUACCCAAAACAAGACACUCAGGAAACCUGGUAGCAUUGAAUUGGAUUCCUCCAUUCCCAACACCCCAGCCACAUCAUACCGGACCCUCCGUAAACCCCAAAAUUUAUCCUCUUCCUCAUCAUCACACUCACAAACCAGCACUCUCAGAAGCCAUGGAAACACAGAGGCUAACCAUGUGCCAGCUGACCCUUCACAACCUGUGAUCACCCAAUCUCCUAUGAGCCAAGCAACACUAAGGAGGCAGAAGCACUCAGAGGGCCAAGGAAAGGCAGAGGGACAAGACCACAGACAGAUACUGAGGAACCUGGUGCGACUGUCCAUGGCCGCCUUUGGAGAGAAUUGUCCCAUUGAGCUGUCAUCUGCUUCACCAGAAGUGCAACAGGUUUCUCAGCUCCUGUCUCUGCUGCAUCAAGGCCAGUUUCAUCCUCGACCUAAUUUCCGCGGCAACAAGUACUCCCACCGUGGAGGACGGAUGGGAACUCAGGAUGCCGAUUGGCUGAGCACCAAAGACAGUGGUCACGGUGAGAGCGAGGCAGGAGAUGUGGACUGGGAGGCAGGCAGAGAUUCACCUGUUGAUCCCCUGUUGGAAGAGGGCCUCAACAAUCUACUAAAUGACUCUGGUGAUGUCUUCUCUGAUCUCCCAGAUCCUGGAUGGAUAGCUCGUCUCUCUCUGCCUUUGGCAGGUGACUACCAUGAAAACCUGUUUGUCCCUGAUGGGCCCCCAUCCCCAGAUGGUCAGUGCUCCACCCUAGGCAGUCCUGAAGACUCCACUUCAUUCUCCACCUUCGGGAAGACACCUGAAAAGGAUGGCCCCCUUGGUGGAACAUUGCUGUCGGAGGUGAGCACGUUAUUUGAGAUGCUGCUGACACAGAAAGCCGACGCCCAGCCACGCCCCUCUGCUGAGAUGCUCUACAGACUCUCGGCAGCCUAUCGCCGAUCCCUUGGCCUGGACACACCUCCUCAUGGAAACUCCGCCUCCACACGCCACCAGGGGUCCACUGAGAAACAGUACCCAAUACCGAGCAUGCAUUGCUCCAACCCAACUCCAUAAUGGGGGAGCAGAGAUGACUGAUGAACUAAGGAGGUCAGAGAAACCAUAGUGAACUUUGACCCUUGCUGACCCCCGCAGUGCCAGGAGCAUGAGCUGCCAUUUUCAUACUUUAAUCUCUCAAUGACCACAGCCUGUCUGGAACAGGCCAAGACUAAUCAGGGACAAAAAAAACAAACAUAUUUAGUGCUCUCCUGGGAUAGACUUCAUGUACUCCACAGCAGACAGUGGAUACAAGAGAGAUAAUGGGACAAUGAGCCAGUGUUCCUUUCAUUGACCGUAUUUCAGCUCUAUCUUUCACCUUGUUCAGUUUUCCAAUCAAAGCUCACGGUGCGUAUGCUCUGUCAAGCGGUGCUAUUGUACUUUAGUGUGGCCAGUGGGAUAAACCAUUUAGACAAGAGGAAAAGGACUCUUUGUGUCCUGUGAAGACUAAACAUUAACAGAAUUCAGCCCUGUCUCUGAGAAGGAAUGUGCAAAAUUCCCCAACAGUAGAAGAAGAGCAUCAUUAUUUCCUCCACUCUGCCUAGUCUCUGAGCAGUUCUUAAUGUUUAUUAUUAUUUCAGACUUCUGUUGUGUAGAUACUAUACGUAAUGAAAAUGUAACAUUUACACAAUUCUGCAAUUAUUCAAUUAUUCUAUUUGCCUUUGUCUUUAGCUUCAAGCUGUUUCAGGAAUGGUCAGUUCUGUUGACCAAACUACACCGUGAAACUGGUACUUUGUUGUGGAGCAAUGCCAAACCAAAAUACUACCCAAAUGAUAAUGACAAUUUUCUGAUAUUUGGAAAAAAAAUGACAAAAAAAAUCUUACCAUCCA